CUGCUACUCGAUGUUUGACAGCGCAUGAUAUCGCGUAAAGUCUCAGCACUAGACUCACACUUGUCUCAAAUUUGCCACGAAAUGGUUUUACUGGACAAUUCUAACUUUAUACUAGGCUUGGAGAAGCUCGCAAAUGAGGCAAAAAAGGACGCUUCCUUUACGAUAACAUUUAAACGAUACGAUGGCCACGAUAGACCGGUGCCCCGACCAGGUAAAAAACCAUUGGCCAAGCCGGAAACAUACAUGUGCCUAAUGCGUGCCCAAUGCAAAUCGAAAAAGAUAUCCACAGUUGUGCGCCAGGAGGAUGUACCCACCAUGAUGGCCAUGUACUCACAAUUUAUAAAGAGCAAAAUGGACGGCCUCAAACGUGUCAAGAAGGUGAAGAGUAAGGCAAAGCCGGCAAAAGGAUAAUCUGGGUUUGGCAUUACAAUUAGUAGAAGUUUUUAGUUAACUAACAUUUUAUAAACAAUACUUUAUAA